AUGUGGCAGCGGUCGGUGUGCGUGGGCCUGCUGGCCCUGGCGCUGGGCUACCUGUGCGUGCUGGGCCCCGAGCUGCCCCCCGCGGCCCUGCGGCAGCUCUCGGCCUCGCUGCUGGGGACGCUGCGCCGCGCCCGCUCGCUGGAGGCGCGCACGGUGGCGGCCUGGCAGGCGGCCAUUGUCCGCCCCGCGCGCGGCUGGGCGCGCGUCGCCGUCGGCGUCAACGCCUGCGUGGACGUGGUUCUGUCUGGGGUGAAGCUGCUGGAGGCUCUGGGGCUGGAGCCCAGUGAUGGGAAGGACCAUGCAGUGCUGAACUCUGGGCAGGACCUGAAGGAGGCUUUUGCCCAUUUCAUGGAGAGAGGGGCGGCUGCCGAGCGCUUCUUCAGCGACGCCGAGGCCUUCCAGGACAUUGCGCGCACGGCCGCGGAGCACCCCGCGGCUCAGCUUUACGUGGGAGGAAAUGCUGCUCUCAUCGGGCAGAAGCUUGCAACAAACCCAGACCUGAAGAUCCUCCUUUGUGGCCCAGUUGGUCCCAAACUCCACGAACUGCUCGAUGACAAUGUGGUUGUGCCACCUGAAUCCAUGCAGGAAAGAGAUGAAUUCCAUCUUAUCUUGGAAUAUCAAGCAGGUGAGCAGUGGGGCCGGGUGAGGGCACCCGCUGCCAACCGCUUCAUCUUCUCCCACGACCUGUCCAACGGCGCCCUGAACAUGCUGGAGGUGUUUGUGUCCAGCCUGGAUGAGUUCCAGCCUGACCUGGUGGUGCUUUCAGGACUUCACAUGAUGGAAGGGCAGAGCAAGGAGAUGAGACAGAGGCGACUCAUGGAGGCUGUAGCCUCCAUCUCUGAUAUCCCAACCGACAUUCCCAUACACCUGGAGCUGGCCAGUAUGACUGAUCAGGAUUUUAUGAGCAACAUUGUGCAUCAGCAGGUCUUUCCCCUGGUGAACUCCAUCGGGCUGAAUGAGCAGGAGCUGCUGUUCCUCACCCAGUCUGCCUCUGGUCCCCACGCCUCCCUGGCCUCCUGGAGCGGCAUUCCCGACGUGGGGGUGGUCAGUGACAUCCUCUUCUGGAUCCUGAAGGAGCACGGCAAGACGGCAGAGCGGGCCUCGGACCUGACCCGGAUCCACUUCCACACGCUGGCCUACCACAUCCUGGUCACCGUGGACGGCCACUGGGGCAACCAGGCAGCAGCAGUGGCAGCUGGGGCCAGGGCUGCUGGCACCCAGGCCUGUGCCACCGACACCAUCGACACCACCAAGGUCUUCCUCAAAGCUCCCCUGGAGUUCGUCACCUCCCACACGGAGGCGCCAUCCAAAAUCUCCCUCAAUCCAGACGAGCCCGUGGUGCAGUGGCACAGGGAAGGCAUCUCCUUCCACUUCACCCCUGUGCUGGUGUGCAAGGACCCCGUGCGGACCGUGGGGCUCGGGGACGCCAUCUCAGCCGAGGGACUGCUCUACUCUGAAGCGUAUCCUCAGUAGCAAACCAGGAGCCUCCUUCUUCUCCAGCACCGCACGGUGUCUGAGAGCCGUGGAUUGGCAUUUGAAGCAGUGGUGGUAUAGGAACAGAAGCAGGGUGUGGUGUGUUUUCUGGGUAUAACUGUCAAAGAGCCAAAGAAUAAUUCCAGGUAUAAACUGUCAGCUACAUUCCAGUCACUCGGCAGUGACUCGAGCGCUUCACGUGCAGGUCAGGUGCAAAGGUUUUAGUAUUUAAUGUGAAAACUGGCUUUGUCUUAAGGGGGAGGGACACAAAGACCAAAAUCCCUGGCUGGCAGAAUUUGCUGCUCGUAGCUCAGAGUGGAUCUUUUCUGGUAGUGCUGCAAAGUGCAGCAGCAAGACAUUUCCUGCUCCUGGAUCCCAGGGAGAGCACAGCAGUGCCCAGCCCUGCCUCUGGUAAAUUCAAAAUAAAAGGCUUGUGGGUUAUCUCCUCCCAGCACUUUGCAAACCUUCCUUGGGGUGAGGAUGGAAUUACUGCCUGGUGCAAUCAGCUCUCCGUGUGCCCAGCCCCAGAGGGAGCCACGGUCCCAAAAUGUGACACAGACUGAACCUACUCCAGGCUGCACAGGUGACUCUGGACAUCUGUGACUUAGGGUGUUCCACAUGAGCAGCCUGUGCUUAGUUUUUAGGAAACAAGGAGCGAAGAUAAUCAGGUUUUCUGUUUGGGGGACAGCUCUGUUUCCCUGCCAGGGAACCCCCAAACCAUUCCCUGUGUUUGCUGUACACUAAAUACUCUGCUAAUGGUGUGUUACAGAAAAGCUCUUGAGUGCUGGAGACUCGUUUUUGGUUGUUUGAGAAUGGUUGUGCCAAAUUCUUCAGUCUCCCUGCCCUCUAUUAGGAAAGGUUAAUAUAUCAGGGAGGGUCCCUCUGGAAGCUCAAAAGCAGCAUUUUCCAGGUAAGACUGAAGUGAGGUGGCCUUUUUAGGGUGUGAUGUUGGGAUUUUUUUGACUAGGUCACUGAUAGUUUCUUUGCUCUGGCCUGUGAAAUUAAAAAAGCAGAAUCAUGUGUCCUUGUUAAAUACUUUGCUUCUAUUUUUUUACCUUUCACAGUCACACACUAAGAAUUGCAGAGCACCAGCAUGGUUUUGUCUCUGGCCACUUGAGGAACCUGGAGUGUGUUUGCACAGCUCUCAAGCCAGUUCUCAGUAGAACUGGGUUAAGUGCAAUCAGCCUGUCUGGGCAAACCUGUGCCUUAGCAGAGCUUGCAGAGGUUGUUCCAGGUCAGUCUUUGCACCUGAAUGGAGGGAGGAGAGUCUGUGUCACUCAGGGUGGAGUGAUCUGUUGCAGUAACACUGUCAGGCUGCUGUCAGUGGUGCUCUCUGUUGGGAAAAGCCAUCCUGGCUGCUCUGCAAGGAUGCAAAUUGGCAGCUGCUGUACUUGCACUGACUCAGCACACAAUGCUGUCUGUCAUGAGUAUUCAGCUUUCCCCCUGAGCAGUGUUCUGAGUGCAGUCAGUGCUGUGUUUUCCUGCAGCUCAGCCCACCUUGAGCUUCCCUUCAGUGUCAGCAUUUUAUCCAGGUGGAGGAUCUUCUUAAGACUUGAGGCAUUUCUGCCCAGAUUAUUUUUUUAUGAAGAUGAUUAUUACUACUGUUAUUAUUAUUAUAAUUGAUAAACUGUAGCACAGGAGUUCUGCUUUAGUCUUCCAAAACUGAAAAUCAAUGCAAAGAACCUCUCUUUUUGACUCACUUAGAGGUCCAAGGCCAUCAGCAAGGCAGCCUGGGAUGGUGGCCUUUUGGCACUCCACUCACUCCUAGGGCCACCAAAGGCCAUGGAUCUGCCAGCUGGAAACUGAUCCUUGGCUUGUACUGUGCAUUCUGGACUUGGAAACAAAACUAAAUACACACAAGCUGUCACCAGCAAUGGCCCUGCUGCUGGAUUUCACUUCUUUCUUGCUAAAACACUUCCAGGGAUGUGAGGCUGAUGGGACUGACAUUCCUUAGGGCCACCUAAAAACGUGUGACUGCACAUACAGACCUUGUGCCAGGGUCAGCUGUGCUUGCACUGAUCAGGAACAUGAGAGGCUAAAAUUAGCUUUUAUAAUCUGAGUCAGUAACUGCUGCAAAGAAUCAUUAAAAAGGAGCUUACUCCUUAGGAAUCAUCUGGACCCAAAAGCUUCAUUAAUAUAAUUAUUGUUAGCUCCUUCUUCCUGCUGCUCCUCACAGGUAAACAUUUCUGCUGCAGCCCAUUGUGGGUGUGCUGGGAACACCUGGCAUGGGGAGUCCCAGCUCUAAUCCCAGCAGCUGGGCAUGGCCAGGCUGCUGCUCUACCCAAAUCUGUUUUAUCAGGCACAUGGAGCUCAUCUGCACCCAAAGUCACUUCCCAAGGAGAAUCCUUAACCACCAUGACCUGUUCAUCAGCUGUGCCAGUGGGAUCCCUGAUUAAGUUGUGGAACAAUCUAUAUGGUAAUAAAUCUGAAUUGAAUGGAGGGGCCCAGCAGCCUUUGCUUUGUUUCACAUGCUGUGAACAUGAUGUGCUUAACUUCCUUCUGCCUUCCCAAAUUAAUGACAGAGCUGCUGCAAUGCUUCCCCUGUACUUGCAGUCUCACACCUCUGCACAGCUACAGUAGUGACAACAAAGAAAAGCUGCUUCAACAGCUGCAGAAAUACCAAAGCUUCAAAACCAGGCUUGAGCUGACCCUGUUCCCCCUCAUCCUCUGUCUCUACAAAUUCUGUUUGUUCUCCUGUGUUACUUGUACCUUGAAAUCCUUAGUGAUGGAUGGCUCAAACCUCAGCCAGCCUCACUCCUGGAGCAGGGUUUGCAAUGGAAAUGUUUAUUCACACAGAUUCUGCUGGAGAUGCAGCAGCAGAGCUCAGCACUGUGACAGCUCUCCAUGGUAUUUUCACUUGUGUGUUCCUGCAGCCACCUUGGCUUAGGUUUAUUUUGCCUUAUCCAUGAUCCAAAAUUAGCAUUCUUCCAUGUUUUCUGUGUAUGGCACUUGCUGAGGGUCAAGUGCUGGAUUAUUUGGAGGUGUGAAUCCCAGGGGCCUGGCAGAUCUCAAAGGACACAUUCCUUCUCCCUGUGCCCUUGGGGCUGUGCCAUGGAAGAGUCAAUCCCAAACCCAACUCUGGCCACUUUAAAGGCUCUUUACCUCUGUUCCUCUCCAGGGCAGUUUCUCAGCAUUACUCAGAAUUACUUGAUUUUCUUUUGUUUCCUGGUUAUCUCCUGUUGGGAUGUGUGAGAUCCAGUCAAGUCUGACCUCCCUUCCCAAGUUCAUUUACAGAACUGGUGCUGAAAUGUUCUUCCUCAGCCUUUAGCAAAGACCUCAUGAACUGCUUUGUGCUGGAUGUUUUAGAGCUCAGCUCAGCUCAUUAGCCACUAGAAUCCAAAGCCUGGAGAGCAGCAGAGCACUAAAUCCAUCCCAAAACCCAGUGGAAAACUGUCAGCAGUUGUGCUUGGGUUCUUUUUUCACUAUUUAUUCUGUAAUGAUACACUGAAUUAUCAGGGGUUUUGUGCCACAGGGUGACUUUUCCAACCAUGUCCUGAGCAAAGAGUUAAAUAAUGGGACAGUUCUGUAAAAUGGUACAACAGAACUCAAUUUCCAGUUAUCCUAAAAUGUUGGUUGGGGGUUCUUUUGGAGCUUGCAGCUUAGGUGAAAGCUGAGGGUUGUGAGUGAGUGAACAGCUCAAGUGUCUCUGUGCCAGUAUUGUCUCUGUGCAAUCUGUCCAGAGCAGCCCUGGCACAGAUUUGUGUCACACAAUUGCUGCCUUGCUAUUCCUGGGCUAAGGAACUCAGAGUGUUGGGGAGAACAGGAGAAAAGCAGAGGAAAAUACUGGAUCUGAGUAACCUUCAGUAAAACUUGGGAUUUCAGAGCCAGGAAUGCUGGUUCUACCUCUUGGAGAUGUUGGAUGAAGUUCUCCUCUUUCACUCUGGCAUCUCAGCUGGAUCCAGGCAGGGUUCUCAGGGAGUCACUGAUCCAGGCUCUGGUGGAAGAUGUUCCCUCAGGAAAGGAGAGGUGCAGGUUGCAAACAGCACAUGGCCAUUCCCUCCUGUGCCAGGAGCUCUGUUCCAACAGCCUGGCAUCAGCCUGUGCCCAGCAGAGCUCCCAGCAGCUGAGGAACACAAAUGAUGGCAGCAAUUAUCCCAUUUAAAUGCAAGGGGAGGCAAUGGAAAACAAAACCUGGAAACCUCCCCUGUGAAUUUCUCAGGAAAGCUGGCCCUCAGUGCAGACUGGGUAGAACUGGGCUCAAAUCUCAUCUUUGUCUUCCAUUAAAAACAGAUUUUUUUGAGCAGUGUGGUUGGAGGGAGUGGUAAAGCUUUCCUUGUAGCAGAACUGGGUUUUCUCUUCUAGAAAAGUCUUGGCAGAUGGAGUACUUGUUACAACAUGGGCUCUUUUUGAAUGCAUUUAUGUGUGGAGCUUAUUAUUUUAGCAAAGCUUUCCCUCAUUCAGCACUGAGUCUGUCUCUGCAGAAGAGGCUUUACGAACUGAAACCCACUCCCCAACUGGGCAAUCUGAAUUCUCAACAGCUUUAAGGCCCCCACAUCCACCUUGCUCAGUCACAACUAAGCAUAGGAGCACAGCAUGUAGCCACUAAUCCUGCCUGUAGCAUAAAUCAGCAUCCAGUUGUCUCAGGGACCUCAACACCACAUUUUUUGGGUUGAACACAUGUUGCUGGAUAGACAGAUCAUUACUUUUGGCUGGAAAAAGGUCUUGCCACUCAGGCAUUGAUGUUUGAAUUACUUUUGUUUCCUGUGCAGAAGCCAAGAUGCAAAAUACCUUGUGAGCUCUGCUUUACCCUGUUCAUCACAGACCUUUCCCUAAAAAGGGGAAGAAAAGUCCUAAAGCAGAUGGUUUCUGCUUCCCUCGAAAUUAAGCUCAUGAUUCUUUCCAGUUAAGGGGGAGAAAAGAGGGGAUUAGAAUUAUGGCUGAUGCCAGAAACAGGUUUUGGAACAUAAGGUGUGAUUUCCAAAAUCCCUAAAUGCCUCAGUGCAGUCCUGCUGAAGAGUCCCUUGCCCAAUUCCAGCUGAAAGGGCAGUCCAGCCUCAUUACCAUUAGCACAGAAAUGCUCUGCAGAAUGAUCCCAGCAAUUCACUGCAUGCAAAUGCCACCAUCACCAUGCCCAGGGGAGGAAAGGGGACAGGACAGCAAUUGCAGCUCUAUUUAUUAUCCAACUGGAAUUACAUAUUUAAAAAUGCUCCCCUAGACAUGAAGCUCCCAGGAAGAAAGAAGGUGUUACUGCUUCAUUUCAUAGAAGAAUUGGUUCACUGUUGCAUAAGCUUUUCACAAAAUAUAUGUUUAAAAUAAAUCCCUUCACAGUACCUCCAAGUGCAGUAUGUGCUCCCUGUGUGACACUUAUCCCAUCAAAGCAUCAUAGGACAAAAAUCUGCCUUGAAUUCAAGUUUUGGGGCUGAAAUGAAGAAUUGACAGCCCCUGCCCACCCCUGCUCUUCAAUCCUCACCUCUUCUUCCCAGGCACUCUGUUAGGCUGCAGGGACUUUCAGUAUAAGAAGUUAAAUGUGAAUAAAAAUCUCUGCACUGUACCUGA